AUUAACCUUUCCAUUCCUGUGAUUAGCAAGUACAAGGAAGAGACAGUUGCAACAAGCGGUGUCAAAAAAUGACAAUAUUAUGCAAACCGUAACCACAAAACUGGUUGUCUUUUGUAAUGGAAAACAUGGAAGACAGUGGAUUUGACAGUGAUCAUAAAUCUAAUCAAACAGAGUUACUAAACAGUCCCCAGAAAAACCCAGCAAAUGGACUUGGAACCCCAAAGAAGAGCUCAAACACCUACAAGAAAUCUUAUGAUUUGCAAAUGAAAAUAGACAAGCACAAAGAAAAUGCUGCAAGGAGAGCUAUUACAGCCCAACCAAAGAAAUCCAUACUUUCCAGAAAUAGGCUGUCUGUUCCCAAGAAAAAUGACAUUAAACCUAUGAAUGAAGAUAAUGAGCCACUUGUUGCUAUAAUGACUGAUGAAAGUGAUGAUGACUUUGAAUUGCCUGUGAUAUCAAAAGCUGCUCAGAAGGAGAUUAACCAACAGUUGAUCAAGGAUGGCUAUAACCUUGACCUUGAACCUGAUGAUGAGGACCUUGACCUCAUUCCCCCAAGGCCAGUUCAUGAACGAUGUACAUGUUGCAAUUACUACACAGGAAGUUGUGCAGUUCAGUAAAGGUGCUUACAAAUAUGGAAAUUAAAGAGCCUUUAAUGUAUUGGUUAAAUGUUCACAGGUUUUCAAUUAUUUAGAAAUAGAAGGGAAAAAAAGGACAGAAGUCAAUGUAUAUGCUGGUUAUUCUCAUUUCAAAAUUUCAUUUUCAUUUUUUAAACCUUAAAGUAAAUUUGUCCCACUUGCCAUUUCUCAUUUAUUGAAAUACACAUUUUCCCAUAUAUGAUUUUAGAAUUAUGUGAAUGUUUAAAACUAAUAUUGCAGUGCAUGUAAUAUUUAGUCUUUAAGGUUUAAUAGAAAAAUACCGGUACUAUGUUUUACAAAUGAUUGAUACCUGUUUGAUUGAAUGAUUUAUUUUAAUUCAAAUUUUACUUGAAAUCAAAUUUGUCAGUAUUGUUAGACUGGAUUUAGUCAUUUGAACUUAAUGAAAUGCUUUGAUUUAAAAGCUUUGCAUUGUUGCUUUUCUGAGAGUCUUCAUACAUAUUUGUAAAUUUUAUUUGAAUCCUUUAGAUAGAUUGAAUCUUGGGGUUUGAUGAAUUUUUUUAUAUAAAUAAAUUUCAAAUUAAUAUAUUGCUACUUUGAUUUAUAUAGACAGUCAAUUUGUGUGCGUGUUACAUGGUUAUUGGGGGAAGUGAACUGGAUUGCUAGUCUCACGUUACACAUGUAUGAUAUAUAUGUAUGUAUGUAUAUGUAUAUGUAUGUAUGUAUAUAUGUAUGUAUGUAUAUGAUGUGUAUGAUAUAUUGGUAUCUUUAUUGUUCUAUUGUUGGAACCAAAGCCUAAUAAUUAAUAUACGCAUAAUUGAUACAAAAUUGAUAUUAAUUACAGAUAUUUUAUAGUUUCUUGUUAACAUAAUGUUAUGCCCUUAGUGUGGUCCCAUAGAUCUUAGAAAUCCUAUAUUACUGCCAUUUAGCAUAAUUGAUUAUAAUUCAAAAUUAUAUGUAAAAGUAUUUUGUAUUUCUUUCAGUUUGUUGGUUAUGUGUAUCAAUCUAUUUUAUUACAGGGUACAUUCCAGUACAUUCAAUUGUCUUCAGUUAUUUCUAGUUCUAUGUACAUUUUUGUUUUUUGGUUUUUUUUUGUUUUUUAUAUAUAGACAAGAAUAAUGUUUUUGGGGUUUUUUUCCCCAGAGAUCUGAUUUUCUUUAUUAUGUAGCAAUUGUUUUAAAUGUUACCUUCCUCUCUCUUUUGAGUCAAACUGUGCAAUUUUUGAUUUCCAACAUUUUAAAAUGGAUGAUGAUUAAGGGUCCUCCAAAUCCCGUGACUUUUUAUAAACAUAUGUUAAAACUUGGAGAAUUAAUUGUCCUGUGGAAUUAUUCACUAGUGUGUAAGUGGAAUUGUUUGUCUAGAUUUGUAGCUAAGUGAGUAGGACUUCAGACUACUGCCCUUUAGAUCUUGGGUUCAAUUGAGUCGAUCUGGGACUUUUGAUAUGAAUGCCAAUGAAUAUUUGAAAAGUAUGUUUUUAAUCAAAAAUUGUUAUUUUUAUUGUCAAUGGUACACAUGCAAGGAUGUCACAUCUUUAAAUAAUACGCAAUUUUGUGCUCAUUUGAGAGAAUUUUCCAAAGGAUGUGGAGGACCCUUAUUACAAGCUCUUCCUUACAUUAUUUACAAGUACAACAAGAUCGCCAGAUGGAAAAGUGCCAUGACUUUCAAUAAUUUCACUCCUUUUUUUUUCUACAUUCAUACAUUCCAUAUAGUGAUAAAGGAAACCAUUUAUUUUCAUUGUGAAAUUUUCAAGCAUGUGAUAUACCACUAUCAGCAUGCUACACUGUAUUAUUUAUUUUAUUUGUAUCUAAUGCAUUGUAAAAGCCUUUAAAGUAUUUUCCCCAUUCCACUAUUGGAUAACUUAGAACAUACUUAACACAUGUAGUUUGUUAGAAAAAAAUUAGAAUGUCAGUCAAAUUACAUAAUUUCAUUUAAAUGUAGAUUGUUAUGAUGUCACGAAUAUCAAAUAUUUAUAUAGGCCUAUACCUGUGUAAUUCAUUAUUAUGUGACUUAUUAAACAUUCAUGCAUUUUA